GUCCCCCGCCUCCCCCACGGGCUGAGAUGGUGCGGCCCCAAUCCCCCUCCGCGGGGUGAGGUGGUGCGGCCCACAGCGCUCACGUGACCACGUGUUGACACGUCGCCUGGCAACAGAAAGGUGGUGCUGCCGGCGGCGGGCAUAGGCCAGCCCCAGCCUCAGCCCCAUGGAGGAGGCCCCCGGUGCCGCGGCAGAGGGAUCCGAGGUGGAAUUCGUCUCCACUGAGUGGAAUGUUAUCAGAGUUCCACCGCAUCUUGCUAUGGAGGCAAUAGAAGCAGAGAAUGGGAACAACAACGAAGAGGAAGAGUCCGUUCCUCUGGAAGACCAAGCAGAAAGAGAGAUCUGUGGAGCUACAGAGCUGUUUGUUGGCUCUGCAGAAGAAAAAUCUCCUGAGACUUUCUCAGACAAAGUAGAGUUUGACAGAUGUCCUCCUGAACUGGGUGACAUGGAGCAGCCGAUAGCAGACAGAGGAAACCCUUCCCUUCCUUCAGGAGCUCCUCUGCAGGCAUCUGCAGUGUCAGUGGAGUUGAGCAGCUGCACAGAGUCAGAGUCUGCCUUUGAGCAACUCCGUCAGUUUACUAGUGAGAAUGGUGACGAAAGAAAGAAAAAGGAGUGCCAGCAGCAUGGAGCUGAGGAAGACGAAAUAAGCAGAAGUGAGGAAACCGUAGAAAAAACAGAACUGGUUGUCUUGGAUCCAGAACAUCCUCUGAUGAGAAGAUUCCAGGCUACUCUGAAGAAUUACCUUACUAAGCAGAUAGAAGAAGUGAGCCUAGAGCUUCAGGAACUGAGGACAGCAGUGAAGAAGAGCAAAGUACAGAGGGAAGAGCUUGGGGUGAUUCUUUAUGGAGAACAGCAGCAGCUGGCCCAUCUGCAGAUGGAACUGGAGAAGAGCCGUGACCGCUGUUCUCAGAUGGCCACAGCGCGUCUGCAGCUGGAAGAGGAACUGGAAGGCCUCAGGCUUACUUAUAAGAAGAUGUGUCAGAACAGAGAUGAUGAAUGCAAGAAAGUGUCUGCAAUGCAGACCCAGGUUGAAAACCUCGCCUUGCGUCUCUUCUACAUGCAGAAUAUGGACCAGGAUAUGCGUCAUAAUAUUUUACUAAUGAAACGGUCAACAAAGAAGGCUGAGGCAGAGAAGGUCCAGGCUGAGGUGGAGAAGAAAAAACAGGAUCUUCUAUUGGACCACUUAACAAGAAAAGCCUGUGAACUACAAGAACAGAUUGUUCUGUUUGAAGCUCAGUUUGUGGCCCAGGCAGAGGACACAAAAGUAAUUCGGCAAGCGGUAAAUGAGGCUCGUAUGGAAGCACAGGCUAUUAACAUGGAGAAAAAGCGACUGAUGAACCAGUGGAAUAGUAGCUUGGCUGGAAUGAAGCAAAGAGAUGAAGCCUAUGUUGCCACACAAGAGUUGCUGAGUAAGUACAAACAUGACCUCGAGCUGCUAGAAACAGACAUCCAUGCCUGCAGAAAGUUCAUCAGGAAAGAGGAGGAGAAGAAUGAGUUGCUUGUCACCAUCCUGAACCGUUCACAGAGCAAUGCCAACACAACAAAGAAACUGAUUGCCCAGUGCCUUUCAAGGCAGGAGGCCUUGAAGGUUGAAUGUAGCACCUAUAGUCGCAUUCUCCAUGAGACAGAGCAGGCCCUCAGUAGGACCAAGAUGGAUCAAGCUACUCAUCUGGAUGAAUUGUUAUCCAUCAAUAAGGAUAUAGAGAAAGCAACUGAUGUCAAAGAACAGAUGGAGAAUGAAAUCUUGGCAAAGCUUCGGGACCAGAUGAUGUCCAGCAAAGCUACAAAGUACUUCUCACAGCUGACUGCAAAACUUCACAAGAGAAAAACAGAUCUGGAGGUGCGUUUUUCCAAAGUUGAGAAUGAUAUGGCCCAGGUUAUUCUGGAUGCAACUCAUACCAACUGCAGGCUGACAAUUCUCCAAAAAACACUCUGUGAGCUGGAUGAGGAAGUAAAAAAUAUCUGUGAUUUGAUCAGCUGCAGGGAAAGUGAGAUUGCAAAGUGCAGUCUCCUGUCUGAGAACAAGCAAGGGAUCAUCAGCCAGUACAACAAAAGGUUGGAGAUGAUUCUUUCUCAGCAAGGGGGGCAAGAAUUUGGACCAUUGGAAAUUUUGAUCCAUAAGCUGACCAAGCAGAUAGAAGAAUAUGAUUCUGAGGUGAUGACAUUACAGAAGUCCUGGCUCAAUCAGCAGAAAGAGCUGGUCAAGUUAACACAUGAACGGGAGGAACAAAUAGCCUCCUUGGACAUGUUAAAGAAACAGAUCACAAUAAUGCAGCAGAAGAAGGUGCACACUGAAAAUGAAAUUCAGCAGGAAACUAAAGAACAGAAAGAGAUUGAACGUCACAUGAAGAACAUGUCAAAUGACUUGAUAAAGUUGAAUGUGUUGAUCAACAAGAAAAACGGCAGCUGUGAGGAGCUGCAGUAUGGCAACAUUAUUGCAGAGAAUGAGUUUGUACGCUCUCUCAAGGCAGCAGAAAAAGAAUUAGUUGAGAUGCAGGACAGGCACAGUCAACUGACUGAGGAGAAGGAAAGACUCCUGAACAGCCUGUUGGAAGCAGAGCAUCAAAUCAAGCUAUGGGAGAAAAAGAUCCAGCUGACAAGAGAGAUGCGUGCAGUGGUGGAUUCUGAGACAGGGCAAGGCGAAAUGCCAGCCAUGAGAAGAGAGAUUCACAGAAUGCAAGUUCGCUAUGGCCAGCUGAUGAAGCAGCAGGAGAAGAUGAUUCGUGAUAUGGAGGCAUCUGUUUCUCGUAGAGAGGCGAUAGUGAUUCGUGGAGAGGGUCAGAACAAAACAGAUAAGAAACGUAUCGUGAAGAGCGACUUCCACCGCAAGAAACAGGAGCUGAAAAAGAAGAUCAGUGAAACCCAGAAGAAUGCUCAAGGCUGCAGUGAAACCAUCCUGGAGCUGGAGAGCACCCAAGCGUCCCUUAGUGCCGCCUUCUCAGAAAAGCAGCAAGAACUGUGCAGGCUGCAGGCAGAGUGCCAUGGCCUUGAUUCAGAUGCAGAAUGUCUUCGGAACAAGAAACGAUGGAACCUUUUGGAGCUUGUGGCCUUACAGACGCGCCAGAAGCAUCUGCAGGCGCUGAAGGAAGGGAAGUACGUGCCCCUGUGCCGCACUGAGCAAGCCCUGAGAGACAAGCAGCGGCAGCUGCAGGCCCGGCUCCAGACGAUCCGUGCCAUCGUCCACCAGGUCCAGCAGGAACAUCCUCAGCACCACGGGGCGCUCCAGUGGCUCGCUCACUGCUUGGAAUCCCGGCUGGGCCCCCAGGAAGCCUGACAAGACACAGACACCCGCCUGCACUUGCUCUGGGGCUGCAGGCUUGGUAAAUAAACAUAAAAAAAUAAACGUGUAGAGUAUAAUAUUUACCAUACAAAUGUAUUUUAUAUAUAUUUAUCA